AUGCGAAUACAAUUUCUAUUGAUUAUUCAAAUCUUUAUUAUUUGCAGUAGCAGUGAAACGACAUUACGUCUAAGAUUAAACCAGAAAUGUUCGACAUUCAUAGCUUCAGUUAUGAAAAAAGGGUUGCAAAAUGAGAUGAUGAAAAUAUCGUCGAUAUCCCCACAGAAAAUACCGUUUGGAUCGGGAUAUGCUGAUGUAGAAGGAAUGAGAGUGGAAUCAUUUGAAAGUCCUGAUAUUAGCAUCUUUCCGGCCGCUCCAGAUGGUUUCGUCUUGAGUACCAACGGUGGCUCUGUCACAAUAAGCGGUUCCUCGAGUGCUACAUAUACAUUUCUUUGGACUAUGUAUUUUCGGAGUAAUUGGUCAAUUAAAAUGGAUGGUAUCAAAGUGUCCACGCGGAUAAAUCUGGUAUCACAAAACGGAAAACUUCAGCUAAAUUUUAAAGAAUGCCAAUUAAAAGUUGAAAAUAUAAAUUUGAGAUUAUAUGGAGGAAUAGGAGCGUGGAUUGCAAAUCAUUUCACAGGUGGAGCUGAAAAGAAUAUCAGAAAAUCUUUGAAAAAAACGAUUUGUGCAGGCUUGAAAAAUAAUAUUGUAAGGGUCAAUAAAAAUCUGUGGUUAGAAAAAACACAAAUCAACCUGAUCGAUAAUGUUUUCCUCACCCAUCAAUUACUGGAAAAUCCAAAAGUAACCAAAGAUUUUAUUCAAUUCGACUUUUCUGCUUAUUUAACUUUUGGACGAUCAAAGUGUUAUCUGCCAUCAAAAGGAAUCGACAGUAAUAAUAAAAAUCAACAAACUGUAUCAAAUCAUAUGGCCAUUUUAUGGCUUGGCGAACCUAUGAUAAAUUGUUAUCUAAAAACAUGGUAUGAAUUAACAAAUCAUCAUUUGAAUAUCGAAAACAAUAAACGAUUCCUCGACUUAUACAACUCAAUUUGUGAGAAGAAAAAGGAAUGUAUCGAUAAUGAUACGGACGAAAAUCAAUUAGUUGACGUGGACAUUUAUUUGCUAGAAGCACCGAUUUUAUAUGCCGAAUAUAGAAUUUAUGUAGAAACAAGCAUUAAAGUUGUUUUUUAUCAAUCACCGAAAAAUUCGAGCAACAUUAAAUUGAGAGAAUUAGAUCUGAGAUCAAGAAAUUUAUUAAAUGUGACGAUAUCACAGGGAAGAAUUAAUGUACGCACAGAAAAAGUGGAACUGAAAACCACUCACGAACAUGAUACAGAAUAUAGCCAUUUAUUGGAAACAGAAGAGUUGGACGAUUUGAUAGAGCAGACAUUGAAGAAAUUACAAAUUUGGGAGAUUACUAUAAAUAUACCACUUUUGGCAGCACCUCAUUUCACAUUGUCAAAUAAUGCUACUUUUACUGGAAUAGAUAAUUUCAUUCGAGCUGAUGUGGACUUCACUUCAUCCGAUCAGUGA